AUGAAGAUGGAAAACGCGCCGACGGACCUCAGCGCUCCCUGCGCGACGGCUGACUCGCAGGAGAAUCAGCGCAAACGAGGUUCAAACGAGCCUUUGGCAGGACGAAGAUGCAAAACCGCACGCAGUAGCACGUACAAAUUCGAGGACAUAGAUUCGGAUGACGAGAUGAAGAACGCAGACUCGAACGAGGAAGACGACGGAUCACAAUAUGCAGACUCUGACAUGAUGAAGAGCGAGGAUGACGACGACCGAUAUUCUGACACGAUCGCCGCCCAAAAGUCAAGGAACACUCGGACGUGCGCCAAGAAUCCACGGGAGUUUUUUGCACGCAAACUACAGCGGCGGCAGGAGCAGGAGCUUGAAAGAUUCCACCAGAACAAAGCAAGCAGUGGUCCAAGUACCGCGGCAAAACUGCGUUUCGCGGAGGAGUUCAAAAAUACCAUGAAUGAACUCAUCGACAUUCCUCUGUCCACCGCGACAGCUGGCUUUAUCCCAGUCAACGAAGAAGAUCCCGCUGCGAACUCCACCAAUCACAAGCAGCUCCGCCUGAUCAAGAGAAGCGCUCGCAUGUGCUCAGGGAACAGCCCCGAUGCACUUGCAAGCCGAGAGCAAUGCAGAAGAGAUGCGAGAGACCUGACUGAGGCUGUGUAUUGCUUCGGUUACAACGCCAUGAAGCCCCAAGACAACAGCUGGAGGUUUAAGGAAAUGCAGUCCACACUGAUGCCAUUCCAGCUCGCUGCCUCCAAGUGGAUGCUGGAGCGCGAGUGCACUCCAGACCUUCCGCUUGGCGGCAUUCUGGCUUAUGCAACUGGCCUGGGAAAGAGCAUCAUUUCACUGGCGUGUGUCUUGGGAAACCGCCCUAACAAGGAGGAUUUGAAGACCUUCGCACCAACCACACUUGUGGUUGUUCCAAAUCACAAAGAUGCAGUCAAGUGGCAAAAGGAGAUACAGAAGCAUUGCAACAGCGAGUGGUAUGCUGACACAAUGCUGUACGACCCGGCUGGACAGGUCCCACUAGAGUUGUUCCAUGCCCGCAAGAUCCUGAUUGCGACGUACCACCAAGUGCGGGGCCAGCAUCCAGGUGUCGACGAUUCUUCUGGCCAGACAAAGCGUGGAAAGGGGCGAAGGCGCAAAGCCAACAGGUCUGACUCUCCAGGUCACUUGUUCAGCGUGAACUGGUAUAGGGUGGUCCUGGAUGAAGCACACAUGAUCACAAACACGGGAUCGAGCAACUUCCUGGCUUGCGUGGCUCUCAGAAGCAAGUACCGCUGGGUGCUGACAGCAACCCCAAUCGCCAAUACCGCGAAAGAGUUCUUCCCCUUGCUGAAGUUUAUAGGCUGCGAUGGAAUGGAGAGUUCCAAAUCUUUUCGCCAGGAAUACAUGAACAAGGAUGGCAACCGAGUCAAUAGCCAGUUCCGAGACCUUAUCACGAGGGUCAUGCUCCGCCGAACGAGAAACCAUACAUUCUUGGGAUGGAACCUGGACGAAUCGCCUGGGUGCGAAAUAUACGACAUUCGUGUCGGGCUCUCUCAGGAAGAGCAAAUACUAGUCGAGGCGCUGGAUGUUCAUUUUCACGAGACUGACAUGAAAGAUGAAGGCGGAGAGCCAGACUGCGACCCUGACCCAGAUUCGCCAGAAGGAGACAAGAAGUCAGGCGGGAGGGACAUCAUCAAACGACGACAACUCAUCUCUCAUCUGUUCAAUUUGGAGAAUCUUUUGCGCAGGAACUUCACUCUGCAGCAGAUUGCUGACCUUCAGAACCAGUUCGACAGUCUCAAUACUGCUGCUGCCCCUGUGCCACUAAUCGACCAGCUGCUCGCUAAUCUAGAGGUCAAAGUGCAUGGCGGUGUUUUCGACGUGCGAGGGUUACUCACCUUGAUUGCCGAUGAACAUAAGGCGAAGCUGCGCGAGAAAUGCACUUUCUGCGACGUGAGCUUCAAGACGCCGUCGGUCGUCCCGGUGCUGCUGGAGGAGUGCAGACACGCGUACUGUCUCCUGUGUUUCGACAAAUUCACCAGAAAAAGGACACCCGACAAGGUGUUUCCGGAUUGCCAGAGCGCCAGUUGCGACAAACCGAUGCAGGCAAAACUGGAUUUCGAACCCCUCGAGCAUGUGAACUACGUGGCGAAGCAGACCAAUUUCCGAGAACCCGGCGAAGACAGCAGAAACAGGCACAUCAGGCCUGAAGACAAGAGUGGCGUCCUCUUUCUAGCUUGCGCUAUGUGCAAGGACCUGUAUUCCUUGCCGCCAAGCACGAAGCUCACGGCAGCCAUGGCUGUCAUUGAAACAUGGCUUGCCGAAGACCCGAAUGACAAGAUCGUGGUGUUCACGCAAUUUGUUGCGACAGCCAAAGUGUUGGGCUUGAUGCUUGGGAGCGCAGACAUUGGCUUUUCGUACCUGGUCGGCAACAUGACCUCGAAGCGACAACAGGAAGCAAUUGAGUCAUUUGUUGCUGGCAAUAUAAAGUCCGAGGAGGGCGACACCGUUAUCGCCCCUCAGGUUUUGGUGGCCACGAUGCAGAGUGGUGGCCAGGGCAUCAACCUCCAAGCAGCCAACCGCGUCAUUCUCAUUGACCCCUGGUGGAACUAUACCAUGGAGGAGCAAGCCUUUGGGCGUGUCACGAGGAUCGGACAGACGAAGAUAUGCCAUUUGGUCCGCAUCAUUGCUACUGGCGGAUUUGACGAAAAAGUCACGAAGUUGCAGCUCAAGAAGUCUGCCGAGGUAAACCACGCUAUGCAGGCUGACUCUGCCUCAGCAGACACCUUUGACUCCGACAUUGGCAUGUCGGAGAUUGCGGACAUGUUGGGUGAAGGGGACGAGCAGACGAAGGAGGAAAGCUCCAAGGAUCGUGCGAAGCGGAGCGGCCGUGGCCGAAAGGGCAAGAAGAAGAACUGA